AUCUGACAUCUGCUGCCGUGUGUCUUUCUCCCUUAUUUAUUUAUUUGCGCUCUCUUAGCUUUAGUUUAAAAAAAAUUGUAAAGGUAUCUGUUCCUGGAGACUUUUGGCAGCCAGGGUUUUAAGCUUUAUAUAUAGAAAAAAUAAUAUAUUUAUAACGAGACGCCUUAGGGCUUUGCCGAACAAGGAGAGCAGGGUAGCGUGUUUCGAGCGAGAACAGAAGUAAUACUGAGUGGAGUCGAGUUUCUUUAAACAGCAGCUUCCCCCUCCCUAUAAGCCCCCUCCCCGAGAUCGACAUGGAGUGGAUGAGGUACAGUGUAUUACUGUGGCUGGUGUCUGUUUUCGAACCGCACCAUGCCUGGGCUGACAAGAGGACCCUGAGGAGGAUCACGUAUGUGCUUCACCCGGCCAAAUCCCCGCUCGGCGGCAGGGCGAGCGGCAGCAGCAUCGGGCAGACCAGCGUCUCCUCCUUCGGCGCCAGGCACAGCUCUUCCUCCUCCUCUUACACCGUGCGGACGCAGGGCUCGGCUCCCGUGCUGCAGGUGAAGACGAGCUACAGGAGGGCUUCGCCUCAGGUCAGGACCCGGCGGAUGGGCAAGGCGACCCCACAUGUCCAACAGCAACAACAGCAGCCGCCGCUCGUCCACUAUUCCUCUCAGCAGUUUUACCAGCAGCACCACUCCAAGCCACCCCAACAGCAGCCCGUCAGGCACCCCACGCAGUACCAAAAACAGCAGCUUAACGGGGUUAAUGUGUGCGGCGGUCAGUGCUGUCACGGGUGGGCUCAAGUUCCUGGCUCCCAAAGAUGCACCAAACCAAAUUGCACUCCGCAGUGCCAAAAUGGAGGGAUGUGUCUGCGGCCCCAUUUCUGUGUGUGUAAGCCAGGAACCAAGGGUAAAGCAUGUGAGGAGACAACAACUAGCACACAUUCCACAAACAACCAGGACACCCUGACACAUGCCCAGCCUCUUCCUCAGCAGACCUUGACCCAGAGAGUCCUGCAUCUUCCCUCAAAGAUCAGUUCUAUGGGCCAUUUAUCAUUGAGUGUCAAGCAGAAACCAUCCAUGAUGAUGCCCCAGCAGUCCCAUUUGAUGCCUCUGCCAUCACAGCCACUGACAAUGCUGAUGCAGCGUAGCCAGUCUCAGCAGUUCACCUUCAAACCCAAGUAUUACAGUCAGAAGUUUUAUUCUGGAACACACACCUCUGAAAGUUCCAUUCGCCAAACUUCAUCUGGAUCCAGUUACCAAGUUGGGAACCACACGGGCCGCAUCAAAGUGGUCUUCACCCCCACCAUCUGCAAAGUGACGUGCACCAGGGGGAAGUGUCACAACAGCUGCCAGCAGGGCAACACUACCACCUUGAUAAGUGAGAAUGGUCAUGCUGCUGACACUUUGACAGCACAGAACUUCCGAGUGGUUGUCUGUCACCUGCCAUGUAUGAAUGGAGGACAGUGUACUUCCCGGAACAAAUGCCUGUGCUCUCCCAAUUUUACCGGCAAGCUCUGCCACAUCCCUGUACAGUCUUCAAACGGCCAGCAUCCUCAGCAGCAAGCAGACAAGUCUCCGUCUUCUGCGGUAGUCCACUCCACCCACACGCUGCCCCUGUCAGUUGGAGGAAAGUCUGGUAUACAAAUGAAGUUCCCACCCAACAUCGUGAACAUCCAUGUCAAACAUCCACCUGAAGCAACAGUGCAGAUCCAUCAGGUUUCCAGAGUAGACAGCUCAUCGCCACAGCAGAAGGUGAAGGGUGCCAAGUCGAGCCAUCAACAGAUCUCUUACCACAUCCAAAGUCCUCCAGUAUCCCAUGUGCCGAAUUCCGUCUAUAACCACCACCAGCAAGUUCGCACCUACCACUAUCCUAGAAUUCAAUCAAAGCUGGGACGUUGCUUCCAGGAAACUGCAGGUGCACAGUGCGGGAAACCUCUACCAGGCCUUUCAAAGCAGGAAGAUUGCUGCGGAACUGUGGGUACCUCAUGGGGAUUCCACAAAUGCCUGAAAUGCCCCAAGAAGCCUUCAUUCCCUAUUCGAGGAAAUGGACAAAUGGUAGAGUGCCCCCUGGGUUACAAGCAGAUUAAUGCUACACAUUGUCAGGAUAUCAAUGAAUGCCAGCUCCAAGGUGUGUGUCUGCAUGGAGAAUGUCUGAAUACCCAGGGCAGCUACAGCUGCACGUGCAAACAUGGCUUUGUUCCUGGUUCUUCGCAGACUGCCUGUGUUCCCGAAAAUCUUUUAAUUGAAGAGAAAGGGCCGUGCUAUCGAUUUGUCAGUGCAGGAAAGCAGUGCAUGCACCCUCUGUCUGUGCAGCUCAGCAAGCAGAUGUGCUGUUGCAGCGUUGGCAAGGCCUGGGGCACAAUCUGUGAGAAAUGUCCCAUUCUGGGAACAGCUGCCUUCAAGCAAAUCUGUCCUGGUGGAAUGGGAUACCAUGUUAGUCAGACAUUCAAGAAGGUGACUGUCAAACCUCGGCCUGAUGUUAAGGUUCCCAGGGUUCCUGCUCCUGCAAUGACUCAACCCGUGAUUAAACACUCCGACCCAUUACCCACUCCAGCACAAGUUCCACCAGAGCAACCCUUGGAGGCCUUCUCCUCCAUUCAAACCCCACAGCCUGAGGUGAUAAUCCCAGAAGUGGGCACCACCACACCAGAACAGGAACUUGAAAAGGAGAAGGUAGUUGCGGAAUCUGGUCUGCCUCAGCUAUCUCCCAGUAUCAGUACGAUACAGAUCGACUCCGACUUCCCUGAAGUGGUGGAAAAAGCCUCCCCACCAAGCCCAGUCCAUAUUGCUCAUGAGGUGUCUGCAUCCAGCUUGACCCACUUCAUUGCGUCCACUCAAGUUGCAGAAAUUGACGAGUGUUCAGUCAACCCUCGAAUCUGUGGACCUGGCCAGUGUAUCAAUCUUCCAGAGGGUUACACGUGCAACUGCGAUCCUGGUUACCAUCUCAACUCCUUGCAAACUGCUUGUGUUGAUGUGGAUGAAUGUACGCAGGCCCCAGAACCAUGUUCCAAUGGCCAAUGUAAGAACACUGAAGGGAGUUUUCGAUGCCACUGUUACCAAGGCUUUACAUCGGAUGGAGGGACACAAUGCACCGAUAUCGAUGAGUGCCUGAGACCUAAUAUCUGUGGAGAAGGCCAUUGCAUUAAUGUUGACGGCUCCUAUAGAUGUCAGUACUGUGAUGCUGGUUACAGAAUGAACAAUGGCUUGUGUGAAGACAUCGAUGAAUGCCAGGAUUCCAACAAAUGUCCAUCUGGAAGAUGCAUUAACAGUCCUGGCUCUUAUGAGUGUGUACCUUGCUCAGAAGGCUACACAGGCAGAAAUGGACAAUGCAUUGACAUCAAUGAAUGCCUCAGCAUGCCCGUUUGUACCAAUGGGCAGUGUACCAAUCUUGAGGGUGGCUAUAUCUGUAUUUGUAAUCAAGGCUAUGAACCAUCUCCUGACAGCAAGUCGUGCAAAGAUGUGGAUGAGUGUCAGGAUGCCAGCCUGUGCACUAACGGGCAGUGUAGCAACACAGAAGGCUCUUUCCAUUGUGAAUGCAAUCCCGGACACCGUCUGGCUGCAACUGGGGACCAGUGUGAAGACAUUGACGAAUGCCAAGAAAAUGCAGAUGCUUGCCAGGGAGGCGAGUGUACAAACACCAAAGGCUCCUUUACCUGCACUUGUCACAGUGGCUUCCAGCUAGUGGAUAAUAUACCAUGCCAAGAUGUGGAUGAAUGCUUGGACCCGGAACGCUGUGAAAAUGGGGAAUGCCUGAACACAGAGGGUUCCUUCUACUGUAUUUGUGAGCAGGGCUUCACAGCAACGGCGAAUGGACACGGAUGUGAAGAUGUCGAUGAAUGCACGAGUGAUAAACCAUGCGGCAGUCACGGCUUCUGUGAAAACAUAGCUGGAUCCUACCGCUGCCUCUGUGACCAGGGCUUUAAGGAUCAAAUGGAUGGGAGCGGGUGCACCGAUAUAAAUGAAUGCGAAAUACUUGGGGAAGUGUGUGGAGAGGCUCUCUGUGAAAACGUGGAAGGCUCAUUCCUCUGCGUCUGUGCUGACGAUAUACAGGAGUUUAACCCAAUGACAGGGGAGUGCCUUUUCCCUGACCCUCCAGUACUUCCAAACUCAGAAGAAAAGAAAGAAUGCUAUUACAAUCUCAAUGAUGCACACUUCUGUGACAAUGUUCUGACUUCCAAUGUCACUAAGCAGGAAUGUUGCUGUACUUUGGGAGCAGGCUGGGGUGACAACUGUGAAGUGUUUCCAUGUCCGAUGUUUGGCAGCCCGGAUUUUGCGGCCAUGUGUCCCGGAGGAAAAGGCUUCAUUCCCAAUGGAGACUCGGCCUACAGGAUCAGUGGAGUUAGCUACAGAGAUGCCAAUGAAUGUGUUUUGUUUGGAGAGGAGAUCUGUAAGAAUGGGGCUUGCAUGAACACAGAGCCUGGCUAUGAGUGUUACUGCAGACAAGGCCUGUACUAUGAUCCAGUUAAACUUCAUUGUCUGGAUAUUGAUGAGUGCCAAGAUGAGACCAACUGUGUCGAUGGGCAGUGUAUUAACACUGAGGGCUCGUACAACUGCUUCUGCACUCCCCCGAUGGUUCUGGACGCUUCAGGAAAACGCUGCACUCAGUCUCUGGACUCGGAAGAUAUAGAUGAAUGUCAGGAUCCUUCAAACUGUGUCGGUGGCCAAUGCAUUAACACAGAUGGCUCAUACAACUGUUUCUGCAUCUAUCCAUUGGUCCUGGACUCUUCGGGAAAACGCUGCAUUCAUUCACCGGACUCUGCGGUGCAACAGAGUGAAGAGGACAUAUGCUGGCAGGUGGUGAACAGUCAGUCUGUGUGCGGCUCGCCUUUGGUGGAGCGAAGGACUACCUACACGGAGUGCUGCUGUUUAUAUGGUGAAGCGUGGGGUAUGGAUUGUGCCUUUUGCCCCAUGAGGGAAUCAGAUGACUAUGCCCACCUCUGUAACCUCCCUGUUCAUGGGAGAUGGCGUGAAUACGGCCAAGAUGCAUUGAAGCCUUUCCAGCCUGACUAUUCCAUUUCUGCACCCGAGUUUGACUCGGAGAAGCCACUAACAGAACAUCUUCCGCUUUUUGUAGAAGAAGGCUAUCCACUGGAGAGCUUCGAGGGGCUGCAAGCGGAGGAAUGUGGAAUUCUGAAUGGCUGUGAGAACGGGCGUUGUGUCCGGGUGCAGGAGGGCUACACUUGCGAUUGUUACGAUGGGUACCAGCUGGACAUAACCAGGCUGGAAUGUGUUGAUGUUAAUGAAUGUACUGAGCUCAAUGACAAAAUGUCGUUGUGCCGGAAUGCCAAAUGCAUCAACACUGAUGGAUCCUAUAAAUGUGUGUGUCUGCCUGGCUAUUCACCCUCAGAGCAACCCAAUUAUUGCGUAAACACAGAGACAGAGAAAGACUCUAAGCCAGAGUAACCAACGAGGAGACUAGACCAUCAAAGCAAACCCCAUAAAAAGAUCACACUUCGCCAACAAGCAAAGAACGAACACUUGACCACGUUGCCUCUGCAUCUCCAACUCGACCCUUUUGAAACAUAGAAGAGGAAAAGAACUGACUGGUAUGAAGAGUUUGUCAUCAGUGACUGCGGAAGGGGUGUAAAAAAUGAACAUAUGAUUUUCUCAAGACGGGAAAAUAAGCCCAAUUCUGCCAAUGAACAGAAAGACCAAAUGGAUUCUUGUUAACGCUUUUCUUUUUAGAAUAAAAGAGAAAAGCAUCUCAGUAAAUUAAUAGUAAGGACAUUCAAAGCAAGAAAGCAAACUGUAUUUACAGUCAUUCACUCAAAAUAGUAUUUGUUAUUAGCACACAGUUUACACUAUGUAUAACAGCGGUGAAAAUAUUUUGUAUUACUGUUGUAGGCGUAUUUGAUAAAGUGCAGUAUGUGUUAUACUGCUUUGACUUUAGAGUUUUAUGACAAAUGUAAAUUCUUGAUAGCAACUUAUAGUCCUUUUGUAUGUUUUUUUUUUAAAGAAAAAGUUGUGCUAUUCUCUGUCUGGAACAUUGGUCAGUGACAGUUUUUACCUUGUUCUGUGUCUGCCCUGUGGAGCAGGCAUGUCAUUGUCAUAAGGAUUUUUUUUUUCUAAAAGACGUUUUAUACAACCACGAAGGUGUGAAGUUCCCAGUUAUGUUCUCCACACAUUAUAUACUGCACUACAACCACAUCAUUCAAACUUGCCAGAUCACAAAGCUGCUACAGAACAGCCGGAGAAUACCUGAUGUGUACAUUUACACUGAAGAAAAAAAAAAGAACCAGAUUAAUGUAUUGUAAUUUGUAAAUUGAAAAAAAUACACAAGCAGAUAGCUCUUGUAUGAUCAUCUUAAAGCAUAUUAAGCUGUAUUCUAAACCUCUGUAAAACCAAUGAAAUAAAUCACUUUAUGUAAGUGUACAAUUUGCCCUCUCCUGA